UUUCAACGCACGUUGAUAGUACCACUUUCUCCACCACAUAGAAAAAUAGAAAACCAAAAGAAGAAAAGAAAAAAAAAAACUGAAUCCCUGUCAUCAUAAUCAUAAUCAUAAUCGCGUUUUCCCUAACUCCAAUUAUUUUCAUUUUCAUUUUCUUCUCGAUACGAUCUCAGAUCUCUCUCCCUCCAAUUUCAUCUUCUUCACAUCAAAACGCACUUUUUCAAAUAAUCACUUUUUUCUGCUUCAAUUACCAAGAGAUGAGUCCCGAUGGUGAUCUCCUCAGUAUCGAACCUCUCGAACUCAAGUUCCCCUUUGAGCUGAAGAAGCAGAUCUCGUGUUCUCUUCAAUUGUCUAAUAAGACUGAUAGCUAUGUAGCUUUCAAGGUGAAAACAACCAAUCCCAGGAAGUAUUGUGUUCGUCCUAACACUGGAAUUGUCUUGCCAAGAUCUACCUGCGAUGUUAUGGUUACCAUGCAAGCGCAAAAAGAAGCUCCAGCCGAUAUGCAAUGCAAGGAUAAGUUUCUUCUUCAGAGCGUAAAAACCAACGAUGGUGUCAGUCCAAAAGAUAUCUCUGCGGAGAUGUUCAACAAGGAGGCAGGGCAUGUGGUCGAGGAGUGCAAAUUGAGAGUGGUGUAUGUCUCUCCGCCGCAACCACCAUCUCCAGUCCCAGAAGGUUCUGAGGAAGGGUCAUCACCUAGAGGUUCUUUUUCAGAAAAUGGAAAUGCCAAUGGUCCUGAAUUCGCACAAGUAACAAGAGGAUCUGCUGAACGACCUGAGGCUCAAGACAAAUCUGCAGAGGCAAGAGCUCUUAUCUCAAGGCUGACUGAAGAAAAGAAUAAUGCAAUUCAACAAACUAGCAGGCUCCGCCAGGAACUGGAGCUGCUGAAGCGCGAAGGCAACAGAAAUCGUGGUGGAGUGUCAUUUAUCAUCGUCAUAUUAAUCGGCUUACUUGGCUUAAUCAUGGGGUAUCUCAUGAAGAAGGCAUAAGCAUUUGCACGAUUUGAUUUCACCAUAGAUUUUUACUUUGUUCCUGACUGUUCAAGCAAUUGUGGCGAAAGUAAUGUAGAUCAAUUCAUCUGGUGUUGGUUUUUCUUUUUAUUUUCCCUUGUAUUUUUGGGUGGAUAACAUUUUGGAAGUAGAAGACUUUAGGGGAAGUUGUGGGUCUGUUGUUACUCUUAAUAUGAACUGACUCAUGCUUUGGGUGACAUGCAUUCUUUUUGUAACUUAAGAGGAAAAGAUUGUUGUUUCUUUUGUGGUUCAUUUAGUGACUAUGGUAACAUCAAGUUGGUCGAAACGACCACACUUCCGGGA